GGAGGAAGUGGACGACGGGAAGGUUCGAGCGAGUUAUUAUUGGUGUCGAUUGUCCGCGGCCCGGGCUCGUAGAGUGGUCGGCGAGGGAGGACAGGAAGGAAGCGCAGGAAGGAAAGGAGGGACUCGGAUGUCGAAUGAGAGAGAUGGUGGUGGACGAGCGAAGCUGUCGAGAGAAGUCAGGGAUUGAGCAGCAGCAUCAGCGAGCCCGACUCGAGUGCGCCAGCCACUGCAGCCGCCAUUUCUCUCGUACCGUCGCGUGAGGCCGAGGGAGGAAACAACCCCGCAAGGCAGGGAAGGGCAAGGAAGUGAAAGGCGGGGCAGAGUAAUCUUCACGCUCUGAGGUCUUCUUCGUGAUUUAUAGACCGGGCCUUCGAGGACUCGACAGUUUUCUUGAAGAAGUGUGGGGUGGUGGUGGGUGCAAUUGGCUUCGGUUGGGGACACGUAGAAGCGGGGAAGGUUUAUGGACUGAGUGCGUAUUAUUCAGAGGGGAGGUUUAUGAGAAUUUGCAGGACGCGGUACGGCUUUCAAAUGUCGCCAGGCGGGGGGAGACGCGAAGACUGAGUGGGUGCAGGACGCGAACGUAUUGAAAGCGGAGGCUCGGCCUGAGGCCGCUUGCUGCAGCGGCAACAAUUUUGGGUUGGAAACAUGCGGAUUUCUGGAUUUUUUGUCGGUGGGGGUCUUGGGGGAUUUUGAGGAGGGCGGCGAAGAGGAGCAGGAGAAGGCUGCUUGAUCAGCAAAGACUUGGAAAUUUUGACAAUUGAGAUACCAAGUUGAGGAUUACAGGCAACAAACAUGACUACGGUGGAAACGAACGUGCACUUUAGAGAGCACGAUAUCGAGUUUUUGCAGAAAAGAACGAAGCUUUGGUUGCAGGCGGUGCUUGGCGAGAGAUUCGACGAUCAGCGAAGUUUAGCAGAGUUGAUUGCCGAUGGAAACUUACUGUACCGUGUGGCGAAGUACGUCAUUAAGGAUGUGACGGGGAAAAGCCCAGGGCCCGAAGCUUUUUCCCCUAAAGCCUUUUCUGAAGCUGCGAUUCAGGGCAAAAAUAGCGGGAAAUACUUACCGUACUCGAACGUAGACACAUUUUUGAAGAUGUGCCGGACAGUUGGUUUGAGUGACGUCGAUCUUUUCACGCCUCCCGAUGCGGUUGAAGGCAAGGACAUGCGACGCGUCUGUGUGGCGAUUCGCGCACUGGCAAGGAGGGCCCGAGCUCAGCAUAUCAGAGUACCCGACUUUGAUGAUGUAAACAGACCACUUCCUAUGCCCAAAGAGAAAGUUGGGGAAAUACGAGAACACCUGCAACAUGCGAGCAGCACACCACCAGUGACUCCCACGGUCCCUACGCCUGAACUGGACAUACAAAAGUCAGAGAGGGUUCAGAUCAUUAGCAAUUUUUUGUCCUCUACUAAAACACCCACAAGUUCUCCUCAAUUGGGUACCGAAACUUCUUUACCUGUUAUUACUACUUCUGAACUUCGCUCGGCAGACACUGCCAACUCUGUGGCACCAUCGACACCAGGGCCAGCCAUUAGAGAUAAUGGGAAUAUGUUGAGUACACCCUCGACCCCAGCCGCCACAAUAGCAGGCUUGAGCACUCCUGAUUUGAGAAAGUCACGCUCUGCAUUAGAGUCUUCACCUAUCCAUCCUCUUGAUUCGAGUUACAAUUUUGUACCGGCGGCAUCUCCGUCACCAUUACCGAUGUUCAAACCAGAGUGGAUACCUCUGCAAGACCUAGGUAUUGAAGAGUAUACUGAUUCGCCUGAAGAAGCUUCGUCUCAGACUCAGACCAAAUCGCCGGAGUCAUCUCAACCUCAACUUGAUGUGAAAGAUCCGAAGACAGAGGAAGGGACUACACGGUCUAGAGAAUUGCAGCCGGACAUGAAGACUCCACCCGAGGACCAACAGUUGAGAUCACAAUCAAGCAUGAAGAAGUCCAACUCCGAAGCUCAGUUAACUAAUUCUCAACCUGAACGAUCUGAAUCGAGAUUCAACGAAGCGCCUCCAAAGCUUCCGUCCCCUGUCAAAAACAGCCUAGUGACAAGGUCUGUUUCGAAGGAUACGGCAGCACCCAAGCCUGGCUCGAAAGACACGGUGGCUAGGGAUUCUGCAAAGCCAGGUCUUGUGAAUGGUCUUCGGCCUCUGACAAAGGAGCCUACUGGAAGUUCGAAACCUAUCCAAAUAAAUCUGAAUCUUAGAGUCUGGGGUCCAGUGAUAGCCGGUGCAGUGGCAUUCCUUGGUACUUUUCUGGCAGUACGGUCCAGGGAUCCAGUUCUGUACGAAGUCAAACGAGGAGAUACUCUGACAAAAAUUUCAAAAAAAACGGGUAGAGCAACGUGGGAGGAACUGAUCAAAUUGAAUCCGAAUAUCAAGAAUCCUGAUCUCAUCUACCCAAGUGAAAGGUUGAAACUACCAGUUUAGCAAAUUGGACUUGGAGGCUCCCCUGCCCUGCCCAUCUGCCGGGGGUGGCUGACUGACGCCACUGUACAAUGUGUAACAGUAUAUGAUUGACAGACGGUUCUCUGAACUUCUCUGUGUUGUAAUGUAUCUUCCUCUGAUAUCAACAAAAUUUGUUCUCCUUCCUGGGUCUGGUUGUAGUUUUGUGGCGUGCACCUUUGGUACAAUUAGAUAUUUUUUCAUUUAUCACUUCUCCCCAC